AUGUCUUCUUCCAUGCCUUCCUCUACUGAAAUGGCCUCUUCGCCAAUAAAAUAUUCGCCUCCUUCAUUGAAAGCUCAUGAACAAGAAGAAACCCCGUUUGAAAACGAGGCUUUUAAGAAUUUGAAAUCGCAAGAUACAGAAGGUGCUGAACCUGUUGCGAUCAUCGAAUCGCAACCUCAAAUGCGAGAUUUCCGCAAAGAGAACACGGUCUUCGUUCCAUCCACCGUCCUUCGACGUCAACGUCAGCAACAUGCUAGUACAGUGCGCCAAAAGUUUUGA